ACGUGGACCCCGCGGACCGAGUCCUUUGUGACUCAGGUUUACUUCACCCUGAACUACGGCUCGUGGAGGAAGACUUGUUGCUUUGUGAAGCAAAAGCAAUGGGGCGCUUGCAGCCGACGGAUACUCUCGGGCUCGCAGCGGGAGGAUGCUCUGGGGAGAGACUCCAGCUCCACAAAGGCAUCACAAAAUGCAAACCUGGCUUCAUCCAGGGUCAUCUCACGGAUGACUGAUAAGUCCAAAGGAAAUGGGCCUGCUUUGCCAAUGGGCAUGGGUGCUGAUCCGACACAGCGGACUGUGGCUGAUCCUGGUCUGCUCAACAUUCACAGCACAUCCACGUGGCUUCCCAGCAGGUCAGGAACUCGAGCAUCUUUGGAUGCUGUUGUGGCUCAUCCAGAUUCUCGUGUCACGGAGGAAGACCGGUGCCCAAGGCAGCAGAGAGGGUUCACCUCUAUAACCGUGACUGCUCGGCGAGUUGGUGGCCCUGUGGCCAGUGAGGCUGGACCUCUUCCCCACGGAACCCCUCUUCCAAGCCGAGGGUCUCCUGCAAACCUCAGCAUCACCAGCUUGAAGGUUUCUGAAUCGUGCUCAGGGUUACAUGAUAAACCUCAAGACCAGCUCUUUGACUCUGCAAAUGAAGAGACCAUCGAGGUCCCGCGAGGCAGCAGUCGGAGAGAAGCAGCACCGCUGUCCUUCACCUCGUGCGUUCACCUGCGGCUUUCCCAGCAGUGUCCAAGUACUAUCUAUUACUUAGACAAGUCUCUCCACGUGUGCAUUGACCAACCUCAAAUUAAACACCAAAAAGUUCAUAGAUCAGCGCUGUCCUUCCGUAUAAAUUGCAGUUCGUCCAGAUUAACAGCAGAUGGAGUAGAUGGCAUAGCUAAUGGAGAGCCAUUAGAGGAGAUACUUAAGUCAAAGCUCCUAGGAGAAAACAAGACUCCACUUAGAGCAAGCUGGAGUGCAGAUAUAAUACAAAAUAAUGUAAUUAAAAAGCACACAACAGAUGAGGGCUAUUUGGGAACUAAACACCCUUCAAAAAGUGCCUGUCCCCCUCAAGUCCCAGCAGUUGUGGAUAUACCCACAGGACCUAAUAAUGUAAUAGUAGUAAAGAAAGAAAGCAACAAACAGUCUGGCAGCAACCGCACGAUGCUUUCUAUCUGGCUCCCUCGCCCGAGUAACGAGGCAGGAAAGGGGAUAUUCCGUGGAAGCAACAGGAAGCAGUGUGCCAUGGGCAUGAGCUGCCCCACUGCCCCUGCAUCCCAAGAGGAACCCACUGCUGCCUCCAUUGGCUCAUCCCCAAGGAGAGAUCCCUCCAGAGGCACCUCCAGAUCCAAAGAGAGCCGACCACCGUGCUUCCCGAGGCCAAAGCUAUCCCUCUCUGAGAGCAUGUGCAAUAUAAAAACGCUGUCAAGAAUCAUCUUGGAAGCAAACAUUCCUGGGCAAAAUCAGUUCCUGCAAGGUGAUUGCAGAUCGUGCGGCUCGAGGGGCAGCGGGACGGAGGCCGAGGCCAGGGCCGAGCGGCCGCCAGCCCGCGGGGCAGCUCUCCCCGCCGCUCUCCCGCCACAUGUUGCUCGUGAGAACAUCGCGGCGCCUCCCUGGCCAGGGAGCUGCUUGGAGCCUGAGAAAAUUCCAGCGAGCCCCCUGACUCUGAGGGAAGCGCUAGAAAUCCACAAGCCUCGGUUCCUCUCGCGCUCGCGGGCACGGCUGCAGAGGCUGGAGCACAAGGUGCAGCUGCGCAAGGCCCAGCAGAGCGAUGCUCCGGCAAGGACACGGGCCGCACUGCUGCUUCACAAGCUCUCCUCAACCUCCUUUUCGGGCAAGAAAAGGCAAUAUACCAUUCCUCACCCACUCAGUGAUAACCUCUUCAAACCAAAGGAAAGAUUCAUUCCAGAGAAAGAGAUGCAUAUGAGAUCUAAAAGGAUUUAUGAUAAUUUACCCGAAGUAAAAAAGAAGCAAGAAGAGAAGCAGAAACGGGUAAUCCUCCAGAGUAACAGACUGCGUGUUGAGCUCUUUAAAAAGCAAUUACUGGACCAGCUCCUUCAAAGAAACACAGAGUGAGAAAGGAUUCUCUUGCUGACAAUACUAAUUGGAUCUCAGAUGCCUUUGACUCUUAGAUAAGCCAUAAAAUGUACUGUUAUCUUAAUUACUGGGAGGUAUUUCUCUUAUCUUUGCCGCUUUAUGUAAAGAAAGACCAUUUGUAUUUCUGUUGAAAUUUAAAAGUAACUUUCAAGUAAUCAAAAACAGUCUGAAAGGCAACACAGCUGUUUCAGAGCAUCAACUCACGGUCAGUUUACCCAGAGGAAAUAAUUUUAAGAAUUUUUAAUGCAAAUACUGAAUUACAGCGGUAUUAUUUAUUUUAUUUUAUUUCAUUCUAAGUAUACAUCUCUGUAGCAAUAGAACCGGCUUUAUAAAAUCUGGGAAAUUUAUUUCUCCAAAGUAUUCUAUUAAUUGAUUUCCUGUGAGUUAAAUCCUUGAACUAAAGAAAAAUGAACAUCAUUAUUUGUUAUGUUUAGAAACUAGCUGAAAUAGCAUUACCACAUAAUCAUGGCAGCAGCAGUUUCACAUUAAUACUUAACAUACCAAAAGGGACCAGUAUUUUAGCUCUCUGAAGAACUCUAUUUGUGUUUAUAUAGUGAUUCUGUACCAUAAGUUUACCUGUUAAACAGCAAUAUUUAAAAAUAUGGCUAUAACAUUUUUUUCAUGUGUUUGUCAUUGCAAUAUGUCUUUUACUCAGUUUCUGUGAUCAUUAAGUAUUUAUAGGAAUGGCUUAUUAAGACGUGGUGCCAAGAAGUAUGUUUGUAUCAAAACUGCACAACUAAAACCAUCUGUAAUGUUUCCUCCAAAAAUAUUUAAAUUUUUAUUUGUACAUUUUGGAAGUAAAAACAACCAGCUUACAAACCAACAGAAUUUAUUUAUGGAAUUAAAUAUUGAUCCAACUGCUACAUUUUUAUUUGAUACUGUUAAAUGCAACACAGUUAUUUAAAUCAUGGGAGAAGUCUCGUUCCUUUGUUGCAUAAAUAGAACCCUCCCUUUGCCACAAAUACUAUGGCAGAAAAUACUGCCCAUGAAAAUCACUGCUGUUGUGAACCUCUGUGCCAGGAACAUUUGGUUUGAGUCUGUUUGAAUG